AUGAGCAUGACGACCUGCGCCGGCGCAUCUGAUUGCGUUGCGACUGGAGCUUCAGCCGCCGGUCACUUGAACGCGACUCUGAUCGACCUUGCCCUAGAUGUCCUGAACGAGCCAGACCCCUGGAGGAAGGCCGCCCUUACGGCAAACGCCGCGGCGCUGUGGCGCUCUGGCGCCGUGGAGCGCGUCGCGCCUCUCACUGGCUCCAGCCUGGCGGCGGCCGCUGCGUGCGUGCCCGCGCGGCCCGCGCGGGCCGAGGGCAUUGUGCAGAUCAUAACAGACCGGACGAAGGCCCCGCGGCUGAGCAACAGGCAGGCCCUGCUGCACAACCUGGUGCACAUUGAAAACUGGGCGGUGGAUCUUGCUUGGGACGUAGUGGCGCGCUGGGGCACGGACCCCACUUUGGUGGGGGCCCUGCCGCGGCAGUUUUACGACGACUUUGUGGCGGUGGCAGAGGACGAGGCGCGCCACUUCACGCUGCUGGAGGCGCGACUACGCGGCACGGGCUCGCGCUACGGUGCAUUCCCUGCGCACGACGGGCUCUGGGACGCCGCCGCAGCGACGGCGCACUCGCUGCCCGCGCGCCUGGCUGUCGAGCACUGCUGCCAUGAGGCGCGCGGCCUGGACGUGCUGCCCUCCACGAUCGCUAAAUUCAGGGGCGGCGGGGACGGCGAGACGGCAGCAUUGCUUGAAGAGGUGGUGUACCCCGAGGAGGUCGGCCACUGCGCAGCCGGCGUGCGGUGGCUGAAGCACCUGCAUGCGGAGGCGCGGCGGCUGCACGGACGCCAGCGCACCGCACAUGCUAGCUGCGGCGGGCCCGACGGGUCGGCAGAUGGGGCGGCUGAGGCGGCGGCUGGGGCUGGGGCGGGGGCAGCGGUGGCGGCGGCAACGGCGCCGGCGCCCCAGGUGGAGGCUGAGGGGGAUGCGAGGGCGCGGCUGCAGCGGAUGGUUCUGCGGCAGAUGAAGGGGCAGCAUCAGCAACCUGUGGCGCAGGCAGACGGCACCAAGCCUCCGCCCUUGCCCUUGCAGGCACAGCAGAUGCAGCAAGGGCAGCAGCAGCAGCUGGAGCAGGAGCAGGUGCAGCAGCAGCAGGUGGAGCAGCAGGUGGAGCAGCAGCAGCACCAGCAGCAGCAGCACCAGCAGCAGGAGCAGGUGGAGCAGCAGCAGGUGCAGCAGCAGCAGCAGCACCAGCAGCAGCUGCAGCAGCAGCAGCAGCAGCAGCAGCAGCAGCAGCAGCAGGUGCGGCAGGAGGGGGUGGAGCCGAGCUCAAUGCCUGCCUGGGCGCGCGAGGCGCUUUCGUUCGAAUCCCCAGAGGCGUGGUUCCACUGCCUGGUGCUGCAGCAUUACGGCAACCUCAAGGGCCCGUUCAACGCCGAGGCGCGCGCCCGCGCGGGGUUCACGCCCGAGUGGUACGAGCCGCUCGUGGCGGCGGCAGCGAAGAAGGGCGGCGCAGGGGCGGCGGCGGCGGGCGGCGGGGCGGCCGCGGCUGGUGCGGCGGGGUGA